CAUAUGUCUGCUUUGGGAAAAUUCCGCUGUGAUUACGCGGGAGAAUCAAUUUUUUCCACGAGGAUCUUCUGGAGAGAAUGAAGUCAAGUCUUCGAAGACGUUCAGCGUUUGGUGUUUACCAGUCGCAGCUAAUAAAGGAAAAUGAAACAUCUCUAAAGGAGGAAGAAAGACUCACUGAACCGUCUGGAUCGAAGAAAAGGUCGCACGAAGACAAUUCGUCAAGCCACUCCAAGAAAACAAGCAAACUUAGCAGCAGUAAGAGUUUGAACACGGAAGACGAGAAUGGAAAUUUUGAUCUCGAUGACCAAACUGCUGAUAUUCUAGAGCCCAAACAAAAAGGAAAAGGAAGGCUAUUCAGCAAAGCGAAUAAGCUUAGACAGAGUCUGGGCUUGUCCAGCCGUAAGAAGAAGCGAAACGGCUAUCGAAGUUAUGAUCGUGUCGAUCUGGAGAACUCCUCAAGUAAUCUUACUGCAAACAGCUUGGCUGUGGAGAAGGCAGACAAAACCGACAGCGAGACUGGGAACGACGAAUCGGAUCAGCAGGAGGAAUUGAUAGCAAAGAAGAACUUAGAUCAAGAAGAUUUAGAAGCUGAUGGACUUUUCUCCUGGCUAAUAAGUCCAGUAAAAGCCAGAAAGUUUUUCAGUGAUGUGUGGGAACAAAAGCCUUUGUUGAUAAAGAGACACCACUUGACCUAUAAUGAUGGGUGGUUUAGCACCAAAGAAAUGGAUGACAUUCUUAGGAAGCACAGAGUUUAUUUCUCAGUCAACUUGGAUGUUACGUCGUAUAGAGAUGGAAAGAGAGAGACUCAUAACCCAAGAGGCAGAGCUCAUGCUCCAGUUGUAUGGGACUAUUAUGAGAAUGGCUGCUCUGUUCGAUUUCUGAAUCCACAAGCCUUUUCACAUUCCGUGUGGAAGUUGACUUCACUUUUGCAGGAGUACUUUGGUUGUUUGGUUGGUGCCAAUGUUUAUCUUACUCCUCCUGGGUCACAAGGCUUUGCACCACAUUACGAUGAUAUUGAAGCCUUUGUUGUACAACUCGAAGGACGGAAACACUGGAGACUCUAUAAUCCAAGGAGUGAUGCAGAAUCCCUACCUAGGUAUUCUAGUGCUAAUUUCAGCCAAGAAGAAAUUGGUGAUCCAAUUCUUGAUACAGAGCUUGCAGCUGGAGAUAUUCUUUACUUUCCAAGAGGAACAAUUCAUCAGGCAGACACACCAAGUGACACCCAUUCUUUGCACAUCACAUUGUCCACAUAUCAAAAGAACUCCUGGACAGAUUUUAUGGAAAAGUUAAUUCCAGGUGCACUACAGAUUGCAUUUGAGGAAGAUCGUGAAUUCCGCCAGGGUUUGCCUCUCAAUUACCUGGACUUUAUGGGUGUGGCAAAUUCGGAAUUGAACACCAAAGAGAGGUCCGAGUUCCUGAAGAAGGUUGAAAACCUGAUGAUGAAAUUAGUUUCGCAUGCUCCUGUUGAUGCAGCUGCAGACCAGUUGGCCGUGGGCGUUCUCCGUGAUUGUUUGCCUCCAGUACUAACAGAAGGAGAAGCAAGGAAAAGUGUUUUUGGAGACAAUUCAUCGUGGAAGGAUGGACAAAUCUCUGACAAGGUUACUAUUGGUGAAGACACAGAAGUUAGACUGAUUCGCAAGGGAGUAGCAAGGCUAGUGGUCGAAGGUGAAGUAAUAACUGUUUAUCACACCCUGGAGAAUUCCCGAGUCUAUCACGAGAAAGAUUUAGACAGUGUGGAGUUCGGGUUAGAGGCUGGACCGGUAGUGGAGAGUAUCUUGAGAAGUUUUCCGGAUUAUAUUAAAGUGAAAGACCUACCUCACGAUGACAUCACUUACAAAAUUGACCUGGUCACGUUGCUUUACGAGAAGGGCAUCCUCGUCAGAAAGUGAAAAAUAUUCAGUAGAGACUGUGGUCCCCUUUGUGAUUUCAUUCCGUUUGGCGAACAUGGCUGCGCGCAAAGACUUGAACGCGGAGUGAUCUUUGCCAGACAACAUCAUGACUGACGAAAGACUGGGAAGAGAGGGAUAAAGAAGACCUCACUCCGCCAACCUGUCCCUCACCAAGACAACAAUGUGAAUCUCUUUUUCACUGUAGCCUCCCUUCGAGAUCUAAGAUACCCAUCACGCAUGGUUGUUAACUCAAGAGAAUUAAACAGCAGUAAAUUCCUUUCUUUUGCACCCAAAAGUUUGCCUGUGCUAAAAGUUUAUGUUUGGUGCAACCAUUUUUGAGUUUCGGUGAUAGAACCAUGUUUUGCAUAGCGCAUCUUGUACAAUUAAGCCUAGUUUUUUUUUUUGUUUUUUACAUAUAUCUUGACCUAGUAAAUAUGUCUUGGUCCACACAGAUUAUCGUGCUGUAAAAGUACUAUAUUUGAAAUUUUUGUUAAGAAUAAAACUGAAAUAUUGAACUUAGUUUUCACUUGCGAUAAGCGAUAUUUUCUAGUCACGCGUUCCGCGUAGUUCUGGCCCUCUCUCUGUCACGCAACGCUACACUGUACUUUGUGCAACAGAGAGGCGGCCGUACAACUCGGGGCAUGCGCAGAUCUACUGUAGUGUAAAAAGUGCGCAAAGCUGAAAAAAAAGGGAGUAUCUGAGAUGAUAGAUAAUUAUGCAAAAAUAUCAUGUUUGCAAGUAAGUGCUGUUACUUCAAAUAGAGACAAACAGUGUGGAGAGAAUUGUAAUAUACAUUAGGGUAGUUAUUUGUAAACAGUAAUAAAAGGCAAUUGAUUU